AUGUUCAAGUAUGGGGAUGAUCAAGAAGAUUAUGUAAAGUUAAGUUUGUUUCCAUCAUCUCUCACAGGAGAGGCUUUGGCUUGGUUUGAAGAUCUGGAAGAGAAUAGCAUCGAAACAUGGGCGCAGUUAAAAGAAGCAUUUGUGUCUGAAUUUUUAUCACCUGUUUUAGCUAGAAAGCUAAAAAAGGACGUUAGAGAUCUUAGACAAGAAGAAGAAGAAACUAUACCACAAGCUUGGAAGAGAUUGAAAAAGAUGUUAAAAAAAUGUCAUGGCCAUGGUAUAGAACGUGAUGAAAUCAUAGAAAUUUUCUAUGAUGGCCUUAGUGAGCAAUCUCAAAAGGAAUUAGAUUUGGCUGGAGGUGGAAUUUUCUUAUACAAAACAACCAAUACUGCAUACAAAAUGAUGGACGAUAUGGUGCGCGUAAGUCUUACAAGAAACACAAUUAGUAAAGAUAGAAGAUCGCGAAGAACUGUUGCUCGUGCUGAAAGCAGUGGGAGUAAUUUAGAUGUUAUAGCAGAAAUUAGGGCACUAUCAAAACAAGUAGACGAAAAGCUCUCACACGUAGAAACUCACUUUGGAAGAAUGGAGAAAGAUAUAAAAGUGGUUGCAAGUGGUUGUGAUCAUUGCGGAGGUUUGCAUUAUUCAGAAGAUUGUGAAAGUAUAGUUCGGGAAGAUGCCAACUAUGCUCAAAAUCAAUAUCAAGGUCCAUUUCGACAAGAAGGCGGUUUUCAAAACCGAAAUCAAGGAAAUUUCAGACCUGGUUUUAAAUCUAACACCAACAAUUUUCAAAAUAGGUAUCCUCGAAAUUACCAAAAUUACCAAAACCAACCACGAACAUCACAUGAUGAGUCAACCAAUCACCCACAACCAAAUCGAGAUGAUGAAAUAACUUUAUCAACAGUCAACAAAACGAUAAAUAAUUUCAUCACCACACAAAAUACAACAAAUGAAAGGUUGUUUAGCAAAUUCACCUAUAUCAAAAACGUCAUGGAAACAGGCCAAAAGAAUCAACAAGCAUCCAUUACUGAUCUGGAAAAGAAGUUAGAUCGUUUGAGCAAUAAUAAUAGACCAACGGGUACGCUACCAAGUAAUACCCAACAAAACCCAAGGCCUACACAAUCAGGGGCACGACCCUCAAACUCCAACUCAAACUCAAACCAAAAAUAUCAACCCCCUCCUGCUAGAAAUGAACAUGUAAAUGCCAUUUCCACAAGAGCCGAUAAUAUUUAUGGGACAAAUGUUACAAAAGUGGAUCCAUCUGAUUCAGUUAAAGAUGUUCCAGAGCAAGUCAAUGACAAUAAUGAUAGUGAAAAUGAAAGUAUGGAUGAAGAAAUUGAAGCAGAUCCAAAGCCAAUAGAAAAGACUCCAACCAUCUCUACUGAACCAGCUGCAAAACCACCAUUGAAGGCAUACAAACCCAAGAUUCCUUAUCCUCAAAGAUUGAGAAAAGAGAAGAUGGCAGCAAAAUAUAGUAAGUUUAUAGAGAUGAUCAAAACAAUUCGUAUUAAUGUACCAUUAGUUGACGUGCUUGCAGGAAUGCCAAACUAUGCCAAGUUUAUCAAAGAACUGUUAAGCAACAAAGACAAGUUAGAAGAGAUCUCUGCGACAUUCUUAAAUGAAGAAUGUACAACAAUCUUGCAAAACCAAAUUCCACCAAAGCUUGAUGAUCCAGGGAAUUUUAUUAUUACUUGUUCAUUUGAAAAAUUAAUGACUUGUGAUGCAUUAGCGGAUCUAGGAGCUAGUAUAAAUUUGAUGCCUCAUUCUUUAUAUGCUAAAUUGUCUUUAGGAGCAUUAAAACCAACCAAGAUGAGCAUUAGAUUGGCUGACCACUCAUUCCAAUAUCCGUUAGGCAUAGCUGAAAAUAUGAUGAUAGAAGUAGGUCAUUUUUCCAGUUGA